UGCAGGCCGGCCUCUGCAGCGCCGGCUCGGUCCGCGGGGCAGGAGGGGCGUGUUGGGGGGGGGUCUCCGCUGCGCUCCCCGUCCGGCAUGGCGGAGGCUCAGCAGCUGCGGGUGCAGGAGGCCAUCGACAGCAUGGUGCAGGGCCUGGAGCGGGAGCACAUCCGCAAGAUGCAGGGCCUGAUGUUCCGCUGCAGCGCCACGUGCUGCGAGAACCAGCGGGCCUCCAUGCAGCAGGUGCACCAGUGCAUCGAGCGCUGCCACGCGCCGCUGGCCCAGGCCCAGGCCCUGGUCACCCAGGAGCUGGAGCGCUUCCAGGAAUCCGGGAUCAGCGGCUCUUCCUGUUGCGUGAGGAGACGCUCCUCUGCUGUGCUCCCCAGUACCCACCUCUGGUUCUCCCCCACAGAGCCGCCUCUCCCGCUGCACAAUGCACUGCAACGACAAAGCCAAGGAUGCCUUGGACUCAGGGACCAAAGAAUCGCAGGUGAAGCUGCAGCUGGAGAACUGUGUGAUGAAGUGUGUGGAUGACCAUGUUCAUCUCAUCCCCAGCAUGACCAAGAAGAUGAAGGAGAGCUUGGCCGGCAUCGCUCAGUAGUCCUACCCCUGCACACAAACCCAGGUCUGGCUAGGAAGGGUGCCAUGAACUCGAUGAAACUGGGAAACAAAAGUGGGGAUAGGUCAGGCGCUUUUUUUGGGGCAGGGUGGGCCAGGAUGCACCCGGCCUUGUGGAAGGAAGGAAGAAAGGUUGUCAGAAUGGGAAACGGGUGGUUGGGUUUUCCCUGGCUCAUGGAUAUGUUCACAAGCCCAGGGAAUUUCCCUGCCUUGUUUUGACCCACUCUCCUCAUCCUUGUGGUGAUAAUGGGGAAGGAGAGGCGAGAAGGUGCUUCCUUAUCAACCCUAAAGUUUGCUCACCUGUUGUCUUAGAGCAGAUUCACUUGGAACCGUUAAAAUUAAUACCUCUGGUGCUGUAUAAAGACACAAAAUGGCUAUUCCUACAAUCCUGCUGGCUGUUUGUUCUGGGUCUUGUGGUGUAAUUGAGUGACAGAAGAUACAAUAUUAAACCUUUUGAAUUCUCCAGAGCUGCUGGGAGCUUCUAUUUGUGCUUUCAUCCAAAUCAGGCAGGUUUUUUUCUUCUUUGUCCAGGCAGCAGAUAUGGAUGUGUGUGCCUUAAUAACGUCCUGAGUAGGGGAAAAUGCACUUGUGUGCAUAUCCAAGUCUGGGCCAGAUCUAAGCAGAGGUUUUGUCACUGGCAGCCGGCAUGUUUUGCCACCCACUCAUGACAAGGGAUUCAAGCGGGAAAGGAGCCAAAGAACCUGGAAAGCUGUGCUACUUAAGUUUGCCGAGUGAAUCAGAAAUGAAGAUUGAAAAGGGGUUUAAAAAUGCGACAUCAAAAUGAACUUUGCUGUCAAAAUAUGUGAGGUCUUCUUAGUCGCUCUCAAACAAAUGUUUAUUAAAUUCUUAAAAUAUUGUAGUUUCACAUUA